GGCCACGGACUACAUUUUGUAGCAAUCCAGUAAUUCAAAAUUCCGAAUCACUCUGAUCUGGGCUGGGGAGUACCAAUUAAUUUCAAUGCUCAAAGCGAGCGAUAUGUAAGUCGCGGAUAGCUGAGAUCAGCACUAUGCCUUUGCUUGGAGACGCUGAGCUAGGAGCACACACGUUUUUCGCCAGGCGACACGCAGCCAAUCAAUGUGGUAGCAAUGGCCUGCCCCUGACUCUGAACUCUGUAAUCAUUGAGGGCCGCUUCCAGUAUUUGACGAACAUCUCCCAUCGUAAUCUGUGCUCCUAUUUGGACCUGGUGGCGUCAAAAGGCGCUGGCAAGCAGUUGAAACAUGCAGCAACAAGUCAAGAACGGCUUGUGGUGGUGACAGAAUGGCAUAGUCAGAGUCUCACUAGCACACUUGAGUCUGGCGAGUUUGCCACGUGCGAUGGCGUCAAGCGACUUGCGUUUGACGUCCUGUCCGGCCUUGCGCACGCUAAUCAGAAUGGCCUGGUGCAUCGUGCCUUGUCAACGGAUAAGAUUCGUCUACACAACAAGGUGGCCAAGCUCCACGACUUUGGCAUGUACUACAUGACGUUAUAUGGCGCAAGCGUUCCGUUCUGCAUCGGCACACCACGCUACCUGGCACCGGAGCUUGUAGCAGCAGGGCCUGAUUGCUGCACACCAUCCAGUCCGAAGGUUGAUGUGUGGGCGCUUGGCAUCAUAUUGGCCGAGGUCCUGAUGAGUCGUCACAUCUGGCCGGACCUCGACAUGCACGGUCGCCUGCGUCUGAUUUUGCUGCGCGUCCUGGACUUGGCUCGGCAUAGCGACAAUCCUGUGCGACACCUGUUCCAGUCCUGUGGCUGCCUUCAUCUUUAUCAGGCCCUUGAUCCCGAUGUGGACGAGUUGCUGAAACUGUGUCUGACCAUCUUGCCCUCUAAGCGACCCACAGCCGAGGAGCUGCUGCAGCAUCGCCUGUUUGCAGCUUUCAGCCAACGAUCACAGGAUGGAAUGGAGGUUCUGGACCCAGGCACGUCAUGCUUUGAUCGCAUGGACCGCUGCAAGCAUUUGAAUCUGAUCGGUAUCGAGCCAAGCAUGAGCCGGCGUGGCGGAUUUGACGAGGACGUGGAGGAGGAGGAUCCGCUGUCUGUGAGAACACAGAAAGAGGUGCUCUACUGGUGGAGGCUGGCCGGCGGUGACCUGGACCAGGAGCUGCGCAAGUGUGGUCUGAUUCGCUCACAACCACCCGUUACCGGCCUACCGAGUGGGGUGCUGGUCGACGGAGUCACGUUUGGUCAGGCGCAGGGCUCGGUGUACCGCUUUGAUGACACAGUCGUCCCGCUUCCAUUGAUCAGCCUGCGCGAGAGAGUGAAGCAGCUUGGACCCGAGUGUUUCUAUCCACUCUUAGAGAAGGAAGGAACAUCUGAAGGUCAGCCCACCGAAGCACAGGCCCAGUUACCAUUGGCUAUACGAGAGCGCGACCUGGACUAUCAGAUCCAGAGACUAGUGUAUUUCCAGCGUCUGUUAGAGGGCUACCCGUACUCGCGUGACAGGCUGUCGAAAGCAGCUCAGCACGACAUUCCACCGCCGGUGCGUGCUCACAUCUGGGCUGCACUCCUUGGCGUCAAGGGUGAUUACCGGACGGCAUACGAACAGAUCGACAAAGACUCCGAGACCAACACAGAUCGUCAGAUUGAGGUGGAUAUCCCCCGAUGUCAUCAAUACAACUCGUUGCUGGCCUCGCCCGAAGGCCACCGCAAGUUCAAGCGUGUUCUCAAGGCCUGGCUCAGCUCCAACCCGAACUGGGUCUACUGGCAAGGAAUCGACUCUCUGAGUGCAGCUUUUAUCUGGCUCAACUUCAACAACGAAGCCCUGGCCUAUGCAAGUUUGAAGGCAUUCAUACCAAAGUACUUGAACGACUUCUUCCUCAAAGACAAUUCCGCUGUGGUACAAGAGUACCUGGCUGUGUUCUUCCAAGCCAUCGCGUUCCAUGACCCUGUGCUCUUCUCACAUCUGGAGGGAAUGGGCUUCAUGCCGGAGCUCUACGCCAUUCCGUGGUACUUGACAAUGUUCACACACGUGUUCCCCCUGCACAAGAUCUUCCACCUCUGGGACACUCUGCUGCUGUACGACUCGUCGCUGCCCAUCCUGAUCGGCGUGUCGAUACUGAUGCAGCUGCGCGAAACGCUGCUCGAGUACGCCUUCAACGAGUGCAUCCUUCUCUUCUCGGACAUGCCAGAUGUGGAUAUCCAGCGUUGCCUUACCGAUGCGCGGAAACUGUACUCACUAACUCCCACCACCUGUCUGGCGCGUCGUCAUGAUCUCACCUACAAGGAACGUCCACCAAGCAGCACGGAGCCGGAGAUUCUAUCGCUGGCGGAACUGCGCACCGAGAUAGCACCAUGCAUCAGCCCGACAGAGGUUGCUGAAUUGUGCCAUCAGGCUGCGAGAACACGCCGUAGGGCUCAGCAGAAGACUGCCGCCGCGCCAAUUGUGCUGGACAUACGCACUCGCGACGAAUACAUGCAAGGUCACAUACCGCGAUCUAUGCAUGUACCUGCGGCUACGGCGUUCAAUGCAGACGGUCAGAUCAUGCUGCCGUCCGUGGAGAAGAAGCUGAGCUCGAACAAGGAAAGCACGGUCAUUGUUGUGGCCAACCGAGGUGUAUCCGGACCUGACUUUGCUCGCAAGCUUGUUCACCUCGGCUACGCUCGGGUGUGUGUCGUCCGCGGCGGUGCCAGCUACCUGAGUGCCCUCGGCUUGCUGACAGCAUUCAAGGAGAACGAAUGAGCACAACAUGCCAGUCAUACUUGGUAAUUCCAGUCUGUAUACACACCCAAAACCAUGGCAACAGAUGGUAGAAACUGGUAUUCAUUAUUUUAUAAUUGGAUUUCUAAUUUGGCUCCCGUUGAAUAAUAUUAGCUGCAUGGAGAAGAACUUUCAAUUUUUAUCACAUAACUCCCAACACAAAACAAAUCUCAUAUUCCAUACAAAUUUUUCAAUUUUUCAAAGGUUCUCUUUCAUGCCCUUCAUACAAACGCAUGCUCUUCAUACAAACGCAAUGUGCACGGACAGAUGACACACGAAACAUGUUGUAGAAGAUUCUACUUGAACUCGAUUUCAAGCAGCCAAUAA